UUUUUUCGAGAUGCAUUCUCGUACUCUCGUGUGAUACCUACCUAACAAUUCAUAAAAAAAUUAAUGUAACCGGUUUAAUACUAGUUUUGCAUAUCAGAGUGAGGAAUUAUGUAUCUUCAUAGUAUUUAAUAGACAUAUUUUUGAACGAGUUUACAAUCAGUUGUUUAUUCUAAACUACAGUAGUAGACAGGUAUAGUAGAUAUAAAAAUGAAAGUGUUUUGGUGCGUUUUGUUUUUAACCUCAAUUAUUUCUGAUAUAAGUUGCGAAUUAUUAAAAUUAAAAAAUGGAAUGAUCAAUGGUACAAUUGGAGAGUCAAAAAAUGGACGUUCGUUUCAUCAGUUUUAUAGUAUUCCUUACGCAGAACCCCCCAUCGGAGAAUUGAGACUCAAGGCUCCCGUUGCAGCUAAAUCAUGGUCCGGCGUUAAAGAUGCUUCUAAAUUGUCUCCAAGAUGUAUCCAACCUUUAGCUUCCGACACACAAGAAGAUUGCCUUUACUUGAAUGUUUUUGUACCAACUAAUUUAUUCAAGCCUUCUGGUAAAGCUCCUGUAAUGGUAUGGAUUUACGGAGGAGCAUUUCAGAUCGGUUCGACAAGAGAAUACAAUCCUGAAUAUUUUAUGGACAAAGAUGUCAUCCUUGUAACGUUUAAUUAUCGACUGGGAGCAUUAGGUUUCUUUGGGUUGAAUAAUGGUGUGAUUAGCGGUAAUUUUGGAUUAAAAGAUCAAGCCCUUGCAUUACGAUGGGUCAAAGAGAAUAUUGCAGCUUUUGGUGGCGAUCCUGAUCAAGUUACAUUGAUGGGAGAAAGUGCUGGUUCUGCUUGUGUACACCUGCACAUGUUUUCUCCGCUUAGUAAAGGACUAUUUCAAAAAGCAAUCAUGCAAAGUGGCAGUGCUUUGGCUGAUUGGGCUGUGUACGAUGCAGGAUCCGGCGAAGCAGUUUCAAACUCAUUUUUAAUCGUUUCCGGUUGUUACCGGAAUGAUUCCGCGAAAGUUUUAAAAUGCCUGCAGAAAUUACCAGCGAACGAUUUCCUCUCUCUGUCAUCAAGUAGAUUAUACACUCGAGAUUUUACUGGAGUCGGUGUGAUAUUCAAACCUACAGUUGAGUCGAACGUGAAGAAUCAACCUUUCUUGCCGAAAAAACCAGAUAAAUCGACGUAUCAAACCAAAGUACCUUGGAUUACAGGCAUAAAUUCUGGAGAAGGAGCAUUGUCAUUAAUGAAACUGGUAAUGAAAGGAGGACUUCUGGAGAAUGUUGAAAACGUUAGUGCAAACUCUCUCAUACCAUUUUUAGGAGGGUACCUUUACUCCUUCAAUCUUGAAAAUGUAGAAACUGUGGCCCAAAAAAUUAUCGACUUUUACUUCAGUUCUAAGGAUACUGGAUCAAUAAAUAAGAAGUUAAAAUUCGUUGAUAUUUACACAGAUUAUGCAUUCUUACAUCCUCUCAUAAAAACUAUUCAAUCGACUCAUGCUCAACAAUUCGUGUACUUUUAUGAUCAUAGAGGAUCGUCUUCAAAGCAGGAUUUUGCGAAGUUGGAUAUAGAUCUCGGCGUUUCACAUGGCGACGAGCUCUUUCUACAAUUCCGCAAUAAAGAUGCGGAAGCUAAAUGGACCUCUCAAGAUAAACUGGUAUCAGAAACGUUGAUAAAGUUUUGGACUGAAUUUGCGAUUACCGGCGAUCCAAAUGGGAAAUCUGAAGAGAAAUUAUGGAAAACUGCAAAAUUCAAGGGUGAUCUCGAUUAUCUGCAUAUCAAAAGCAAUGGUACAACGAUGGAGAAAAAUCUUUUCAAGGAGAGAUAUGAAUUUUGGGAAUCAUUGUUCCAUGUCAAAGACAGGAAAUAAUUUUUUGAGAUACGAAAUUAUUCUAAACUCUUUAUGAGGUUUCGAUAGAAUUUGUAAAUUUUCAAUUAUUUUGCUGAAAACAGAGAAAUUGAUUUAGGCAUCUAAAAAUUUUGGUUUACAUUUACCUUCCGAGUUGUCCUAUUAAAAAAUUGAAAAAAUUCAUUCUUCCGUGGCAUUUUAGCUAGGCACCCACUUCAGGCUCAAACAUGAUUAUUUGACUGAGCUUGCGAAGUUUUGCUCAUUAGUGAAAUGUUGAAUCAUGUCUUACAAACCAAAUUUUUAGCAAUCACCAAAGUAUCUAUGUGGUUCACAAGUCUUUCGAUAGAAUUUCAAAAAUUCUUGAAGAAAAUUAGAAUCUUCGGGUGUGCUCUAGAAUCUAGAUUGAAAUUCUGUUCUGGGACCUUCAUACUCACUUGGCCACUUUUUACUCAGGGGAAAAAUUUUCAUUUUUUACAUGAUAAGUAAUUACUAAUUAAUAUUAUAGUUACAACUUAAAAAUGUUUAAAUUAAGAAUGUAACGUUGAAUUAUAUAUCAAUGAAGUAGUACCUACACCUA